AUGGCGGGGCUUCCGAAGCUGGUAGGCGUUCCCCUUAAGGUUCGGAGGUUGCACACAGCAGUGUGUCACUAUAAGGGGCGGACGGGCGCUGAGCACCUGUGGCUGAUGCGGCAUCUAAAGGACCCGUUUGUGAAGGCCGCAAAGGUGGAGAAUUACCGCUGCCGCAGCGCCUUCAAGCUCCUGGAGAUGAAUGAGAAGCAUCACAUCCUCAGGCCUGGUCUCCGGGUGCUGGACUGCGGGGCCGCUCCGGGAGCCUGGAGUCAGGUGGCAGUGCAGAGCGUCAACGCCACAGGCGCAGAUUCCAGCUCCCCCGUGGGUUUCGUGCUGGGGGUCGAUCUUCUUCACAUAUUCCCUCUGGCGGGAGCAACCUUUCUAUGCCCUGCUGAUGUGACUGACCCCAGAACUUUACAGAGAAUUUUAGAACUGCUUCCCAGAAGGAGAGCAGAUGUGAUUCUGAGUGACAUGGCACCGAAUGCCACUGGCAUCCGAGACCUCGAUCACGACAGACUCAUUAGCAUGUGCCUUACCCUUGUGGACAUGGCUGUGGACAUCCUGCAUCCGGGGGGGACACUGCUGUGUAAAACCUGGGCCGGAAGUAAAAGCCACCUGCUGCAGAAGAGACUGACCCAAGAAUUCCAGAGCACAAAGGUCGUGAAGCCGGAGGCCAGCAGGAAAGAGUCUUCAGAGGUGUACCUGUUAGCCACACAGUACCGUGCGAGGAGAGGCUCGACGAAGCAGUGAGUCUGGCCUGCCCUUCUGGGAGUGCUUCCGGCCCGGGGAUCCAAGCGUUGUGGAUAUGAACAGCACCCUGAGGCACCUCCGGGGCGUGAAAAAGUGCUAAGGAUGGGCAGUACAAUGGCUCAGUGAGUAAAGGGGGUUUGCUGCUAAGCCAGAUCCCCUGAGUGGAGUGUCCGGGACCCCUGCAGCAGCAAGAGAGAACUAACCCCUGGAAGUUGGCCCUGACCUCUCACAUGCUCGCACACACAGUGUGCACUAUAUGAACUCAUAUAUUGGCAGGGUUAGUUUCUGGCAAUUUGACACAAACCUGCCUGUGUCUGGGAAGAAAGAAUUGGACUGAGGAAUUGCUUUCAUCGGCUCAGCCUGCGGGUCAAGCGGAGUGUGAGACAUUGUCUAGAUGAGUGAAUGAUGGGCGGGGCGGG